GGUAUCUUCCUGGUUGGGUAGCUAGACCUAUUUACGUAUCGGGUAAGUCUAGUGCGUGGUCUUCUGUGAAAGCAUUAGCAUAUAACGAGAACCCUUGCGCAGAUAUAACGACAGUCAUGCGUGUCUUCAUGUCGAGAACUUAACAGCUUUACGUUUCGAGAACAUUCGGAAAUGAUUGUUAACCGCCUCAACUGAAACAUUAGCAGACGACUUCCGGUCAUGCGACAAGCAGACGAUAGGUAGAGAUUGACUGGCCAACAAUUUGCUUAUGUUUUCAUUCAGACUGAACAUUUAUGUAGUAACUUGGAAGUGAACAACCUGCAAUAUGAACGACGAAACUUUGAGAAAUAUUGAUGUGGAGAAUGUCGACAGUAUCGACGAUAUUUUGUCCAUAGCGGACAAGAUCGGGGCUUCCUUGGAAGGAUGUGACACCUGCGAGGACCUGAAAGAGAGACUUGUUUUACACAAAAACAAGAUUACCGGAAAACACAAACACCUGUUGGACCCUCUUCGCCACGAAAACCUUCGUACGGAAUGUCGCCAGACCAGAGACGCCAUUUGCAAUAUCCUGGAAUGCGUACAGUCCGGCAUGGAGGGUAGUCUUCCUCUGUUGUCCAACAUCCUGAAAUCUCGUGGAAUCUCGGACGAUUUGCCACAGGAACUCCGGGACCACUUGGCGUCCCUCAGGAAUGGCGAAUGCAACAUAGUGAUAGCAGGACAGACAAGCGCGGGUAAAAGUACCCUCCUGAAUUUGCUGCUGGGCAUGGAAGUCUUGCCCAAAGCCACCCUAAGUUGUACUUCAAGCAUUUGCAAGCUACGGUAUGGGUCCACGUUUAAGGUCAGGGUCAAGAACGGAGGGCAGGACAACGAACAUGUGUUCAGCAACCAGGGGGAAACAAUGACCUACUUAGACAAUCUCGUCGCAGAGAAAAAAAUCGAUGUCCGGGAGCGCGGGGAAACUGUUCCGGAAGUGGAAAUAGAACUUCCGGCUGUAAUUCUGAAGACUGGCGUUACCAUCAUUGACACACCUGGAUUCGGAGAGUAUGAGGCGAUGGAGAAACUCGUCCGAGAUUUCGUCACCCAGGGACGGAUUGCUGCUUUUGUGUACGUGGUCAAGACGGACAGCGCGGGGGGAGUGCAAGAGGACAGGCUGGUCCGGUUCUUAAAGACCUUCCUUGAGCACAAUAAGGGACGAAGCACGUUACAUUCAUUCAACCCAAGAGCUGCUCUGUUUGUCUGCAACCGCUGGGACCUGAUCGAGGAUAGUUGCAAGUCUGAUGUCAGAAAUAACGCCUUAGAGAAACUGAAUGACAUCUGGCCAGAUCUGCAGGACAACCAAGUCAGCUUUAUAUCCUCAACCAGGGCCGAGAAAAGCCUCAGCGUGGACAAAGAAUACAUCACUGCUGAUCUGCAUGCUCUUCUCACCUCCCUUAAUGGACUAUUUCAUCUCGCCCAACAAGAUGCAAUAAAAAAGUCAUAUGGCUGGCUGAAAGAAGUGAUGAGGUCAUCCACGAUAUACUUGAAGACAAUCCUCUCCCAGAUCACGAUGACUGAAAAGGAACACGAUGAGAAGUUCGUCCAAGCAAGACAACAACUGGCAGCAUUAAAUGCUCAAGCAUCUGAAACAAUCGCCCAACUCAGAGAGCAAGUGGAUUUAGCUGCCAAGGGCCUUGGACUGCAAUUUAGAAGGAUCCUUGUUUCUGAUCGUUUCAAAAGACAACUACAGUGGAAUCGUCAAGAUCUCCCGGAGGCACCUCUCUCGGUUGACGGCUGGGAAAAACAGAAGGAACUGAUAGACAGUGUGAUUUUGAAUAGGAUUUAUAAAUUGUUUGAUGACACAGAAGAGUGUCAGACAUUUGUUCAAGAAAUGUACACCAACGUGAUGUUUCAAGUCAAACUUCGUCUAAGUUUACUUGACAAUAACAUGAGCGAAAUAUCGGAUACCCUACGCUCAUCUGGUACAACUGGCUCAACAGACAGCGAUGAAGACAGCAACGUACUGAUAGAACGACUCAAGAAUAAACGAAAGAAGAGCAGCAUUGUUCGGCGACUGGUAGGGAUCGCUGAAAGAGGAAGAAGCACGGGUGCUGUAAACCCACGAGCGUUUGCUUCUAGGAUGAUUUCACCUAUUGUUGGCAAAAUGGUCAAAAUGGCGCUAAAGCGUGCUAUGGCUUUGUAUAGGGAAAAACCCAACCACUACAUGGAGGCAAGGUGUGAAAAGAUAAUCAUGACUGUCAAAGAUGAUGACGAAUUCGUCACAAGAUUUUUAUCGAGGUACACGGACAGGAUUCAUCAGAAAAUCAACACCAUCAGCUUGAACAUCCCCAACUUCAUCAACGCAAACGAAACAUUGAUGAAGGAGAUUAUUCAGUUCAGAAAGGAAGCUAGAGAGGACAAGACCCAUCUGAAGAAAACAAUGGAGCUGUUGGAACCCGUGAAGGAACUACUGAGGGGAUUUGGCUACCUCCACGUCAAGGACUUCACCUCAGAUGAGAUCUUGUUACACAUAGAAGACCUGGGAGCGACCUCUUCAACUCAGGUGAAUUUUUACCUCAGAACUUCUGGUUCAGAUCAGAUCUCAAAGAAGGCUGCAGCCACGGGUCUGUGGACAGUUGUGCAAGCAGCAGAGCUCAAUACUGACAAUAACAAGAUCCAAGUCAUGGCUAAACGCUACAUUACCCCACUAAAAGAUGAGCAUCUGUUCAAAGAAAUCGCCAAAUUAAGGUGCCUGGAACACUCUUCUGUUGCCACAUUCCUGGGGAUGACACGCACUGACAACAUAACAACGUUCAUCUUUGAGGACAAUCUGACAUCAGCACGUCGCUACCUGAGACGCUCAACGACUAGGGUGAAGGAGGUAGUCCCGCGGAUGCUGAAUGAACUUAUAAACGGACUUGAAGCCAUCCACAAAGAUGGUCUCGUGCACAUGGAGCUCUCCCUGGAUACCGUUGUUAUUGACAAUAAUGGGCAUGUGAAACUGUGCAACAUGUGCCUGCCAAGGAAGUGCAAGUUCCCAGCUGACGCUGACUCAGUAGAAGCUGCAGACUUUACUUGUCUGAGUCCUAGAGUUCUAAAAGGCGGCAUCUAUGACACAGAUGCUGAUAUCUAUGGAUUCGGGACUUUCGUGUACGAGCUGCUUCUUCAACGGAGGCCUUAUGAAGAACAACGAACGUGGGUAUUGUCUCGUUUCAUGGCUGAAGUUCAUCCUUCCAGUAUGCUAAAGCUGCGGGAUCUGGAAGUUUCAGGGGCUCUUUCUGAUCUUCUCCGAGGAUGUAUACUUCCGGGUCAAGGGUUACGCCUGCCCCUUUUGACAAUUAGAGAGAUGCUCAAAUCUCUCGUGGGUGAUGCGACAAUUGCAAAUCUGAAGAAUGCGACAACAAUUGUCAGAAGGAACGAUACGUCUAGACGGAAAAUAAAAGCCGCUAUGUAUAGGCGUGAUAGCCGCCAAUCUUCUCAGUCCUCAACAGAAUCUGAACCCAACAAUAACCAAAUUGACCCUUGUGAUGAUCAUAGAGAUGCUUAAAUCGCUUGUAGGCGAUGCGACAAUUGCAAAUCUGAAGGAUGUGAAAACAGUUGUAAGAAAGAACACUACACCUAGAUGGGUACUAAAGCAACGAUCUAUUAGUGUGAUAGUGGUGGUCCUCGGCCCUCAACUGAAUCUGAACCCAACGGUAACCCUAGGGAAAAUAUAUCAAGGAUGGGCCAGAAUAACUGUGCAGCUUGAGCACGCAGUGCGGCGCGGUAAUGUGUGUAUUGAUUCAUUGUUUCAUAACUACAUUGGUCAUGAAUUCAUGUAAUGUGCUUGUCCUACUGGUAGACAACAAUGCAAUACAUUGUCCUACUGGUAGACAACAAUGCAAUACAGAGACAUUAACUGCAUUAAGUGCUGUAGCUCAGUAUUUCUUGUGUUCCCCGCCGCGAUAUUGCUGGAAUAUUGCUAAAAGCGGUGUUUAAAACCCUCUCUCGUGGCAGUUCGGAUACGAUGCAAGUCACACAACUAGUCUGACAAAAUUUGAAAUCAGGAAAAUGCUGUAUGUACAGUAUGACCUUGCCUUGACGGAAUUCUUAUUCAUUGCUCAGUCAUAAUCAGUUCACCGAGUGUCCGCUGUUGUACUUGGUCAUUUGAUUGCCUGCAGAUGUCUUAAUGCAGGCACUAUAUACUGUGUCAACUAUUUGUCUGGGGUUGACAUACCGGCACUAUGUACUAUGUUAACUGAUUGUCUGCUGUUGACAUACCGGCACUAUGUACUAUGUUAACUCAUUGUCUGGGGUUGACAUACCGGCACUAUGUACUAUGUUAACUGAUUGUCGUGCUGUUGACAUGCAGGCGCUAUGCACUAUGUUCACCGAGUGUCUGCUGUUGACAUGAUGCACACAAUAUAAACAAUGUUCACCGAGUGUCUGAUGUUGACAUGAUGCACGCAAUAUAAACAAUGUUCACCGAGUGUCUGAUGUUGACAUGAUGCACACAAUAUAAACAAUGUUCACCGAGUGUCUGCAUGUUGACAUGAUGCACACAAUAUAAACAAUGUUCACCGAGUGUCUGCUGUUGACAUGAUGCACGCAAUAUAAACAAUGUUAACCGAGUGUCUGAUGUUGACAUGAUGCACACAAUAUAAACAAUGUUCACCGAGUGUCUGCUGUUGACAUGAUGCACGCAAUAUAAACAAUGUUCACCGAGUGUCUGAUGUUGACAUGAUGCACGCAAUAUAAACAAUGUUCACCGAGUGUCUCAUGUUGACAUGAUGCACGCAAUAUAAACAAUGUUCACCGAGUGUCUGCAUGUUGACAUGAUGCACACAAUAUAAACAAUGUUCACCGAGUGUCUGCUGUUGACAUGAUGCACGCAAUAUAAACAAUGUUAACCGAGUGUCUGAUGUUGACAUGAUGCACACAAUAUAAACAAUGUUCACCGAGUGUCUGCUGUUGACAUGAUGCACGCAAUAUAAACAAUGUUAACCGAGUGUCUGAUGUUGACAUGAUGCACACAAUAUAAACAAUGUGCACCGAGUGUCUGCAUGUUGACAUGAUGCACACAAUAUAAACAAUGUUCACCGAGUGUCUGAUGUUGAUAUGAUGUAGGCACUAGUUUCACCUUUUUUUCGUUUAUAUAAGUAUGCAAAUUGAGAUGUUGGUUUUGUAAAUAAUGGUUGUCGUUUUGUUUCCUUUCUGCACAUUCUAUGUUUUAAUGUAAGUUAUGAUGUCCAGGGGGCGGUCGGGUAGCCUAGCGGUUAAAGCGUUCGAUCGUCACGCCGAAGACCCGGAUUCGAUUCCCGACAUGGGUACAAUGUGUGAAGCCCAUUUCUGGUAUCCCCCGCCGUGAUAUUGCUGGAAUAUUGCUAAAAGCGGCGUAAAAACAUACCCACUCACUCACUAUGAUGUCCAGUGAUAAAGGAGAGUCGCCUUGCAGCUGUUGGUUGGAUGUUUUACUACAGGGUCGUGGAUGCGGACAGUGUGAGUAGCAUCCUCUGUGCCGACAUGCGCAGCACAGAUGAUGAACUCACAAUUCUUCUCAUAUCUAAACUUCACCUCAGGCAGUAGAAUGCUCCGAUAAACACCGGUCCCAAAAUACCGGGUCGCAGAUAAUAUAAAAUAAUAAAAUGUGGAGAUGGUGGUGGUCGGUAGUGCUGUCUCACCCCGUCUUAAGGGAGAUCUCAUUUAAGAUGUCAUUGCCAGUGCUGUCUCACCCCGUCUUAAGGGAGAUCUCAUUUAAGAUGCCAUUGCCAGUGCUGUCUCACCCCGUCUUAAGGGAGAUCUCAUUUAAGAUGUCAUUGCCAGUGCUGUCUCACCCCGUCUUAAGGGAGAUCUCAUUUAAGAUGUCAUUGCCAGUGCUGUCUCGCCCCGUCUUAAGGGAGAUCUCAUUUAAGAUGUCAUUGCCAGUGCUGUCUCACCCCGUCUUAAGGGAGAUCUCAUUUAAGAUGUCAUUGCCAGUGCUGUCUCACCCCGUCUUAAGGGAGAUCUCAUUUAAGAUGUCAUUGCCAGUGCUGUCUCGCCCCGUCUUAAGGGAGAUCUCAUUUAAGAUGUCAUUGCCAGUGCUGUCUCACCCCGUCUUAAGGGAGAUCUCAUUUAAGAUGUCAUUGCCAGUGCUGUCUCACCCCGUCUUAAGGGAGAUCUCAUUUAAGAUGUCAUUGCCAGUGCUGUCUCGUCCCGUCUUAAGGGAGAUCUCAUUUAAGAUGUCAUUGCCAGUGCUGUCUCGCCCCGUCUUAAGGGAGAUCUCAUUUAAGAUGUCAUUGCCAGUGCUGUCUCACCCCGUCUUAAGGGAGAUCUCAUUUAAGAUGUCAUUGCCAGUGCUGUCUCGCCCCGUCUUAAGGGAGAUCUCAUUUAAGAUGUCAUUGCUAGUGCUGCCUCUUCAAUCGUAAGGGAGAUCUCAUUUAAGAUGUCAUUGCCAGUGCUGUCUCUUCAAUCGUAAGGGAGAUCUCAUUUAAGAUGUCAUUGCCAGUGCUGUCUCUUCAAUCGUAAGGGAGAUCUCAUUUAAGAUGUCAAGAAGUAACCAGUUAUCAUAUGUUAAAAGAAAUCUUAUUUCAUCAAUAGUUGGCUAUUAUUUUAUAAUAAUUUAACUAAAUAUACAACGGUAAUUACUGACUGAUAAAUAAAGUGAGCGACUUGUUUCACCUCACAGUCAGUAAUAUCGAAAUAGCAUGCCCAAAUUGCUCUGACUUUUAUUGUCUUUUCGCGACCACUGGUUUCAUCACUGAUUUUCAGUGAUCCAUAUAUAGAUAAUUGUCACCGCUAGUUUACCUUUUACGCCCAAGAGAAUCUGUUUCGGAGGGUAAUUCGGAGACAAGUCAUACUUUAUCGAUGACGCUUUGUAUACUAUUAUGUACAUAGUUUCCGAAUUCACAUAAAUUGAACAUUGUAAAUUAUUUCUACCUGAUGUCAUACGGUAUGAAAGCUAAAAAUAAAUACACAUAAACUAAUAA